GGGAUGCUUAUGUCAGAAGUUGAACUGGGCCUGGCUGUGAUUGACUUUGCACUUUCCAGGACACCGACGAAGCAAGACCGGUCAACUGCUUCGAACGACUCGAGUCUCACAAGAAGGCGUACCACUACGAAUUAACACAUGUCUUCGGAACCAGAGGACCAGGGUGUGAUCGAGUAUGGCUCAGAAGUCCUGAGGCCUUGCGGCGAUAGUGAAUCGAAUCAAGCCGAGGCACAGGGCGCUCAAUCUGCCUCAUCUAGAGCGGGACCUUCCUCAAACUACUCACCACCGAUCGGCCCCGAGGAUGAGGAAGAUCAGGAGGAAGGACAAGAUGUUGGCUUGCCUGGUGGUUCUGCAGGCCCUUCAACUAAGAAGAAGAAGAAGAAAUCUAAGGGGAAGGCUUUAUCAAAGAAUCCGUCGGAGGUCCCGGCUGAUGAUGGAUCUCUUGUUGAAGACCACACUACCUCUGAAGCGCACAAGAUGAUCAUCGAACAAAUCCGAGCUCAAAAUGGUGAUGAGGUUGCCGAUCGAAUCAGUGCUCUCGGCCCAAAAGAAUUAGGGAAGAUGAUGGACCAAAUCCGGCUCUUAGAGAUGAUGGAUGGCAAGAGUGGAGGCACUCACAAAAAUAAGAAAGAUAUGGCCGAUCACAAGUUUUGGGCAACUCAACCUGUCAGGCGUCUGGACGAGCAGGAUUCAAGUUUCGAGGAAGGUGAAAUCGAACCUAGCAAAUCGGAAGAAGAAAUUCGAAAGAGUCCUUUGGCCCUACCUGAUGGAUAUGAGUGGUGCACUCUUGAUUUGGGCGAUGAGUCACAACUGCGGGAGCUUUACGAGCUUUUGACUGUCAAUUACGUCGAAGAUGACGAUGCGAUGUUUAGAUUUGAUUAUACAGCGCCUUUUAUCGAAUGGGCUCUGAGACCCCCCGGCUUUGUGCAAGAUUGGCAUGCCGGGGUUCGAGUGGCCUCUGGAAAACGACGAUUAAUAGCAUUUAUUGCCGGGAUUCCGAUGAAUCUACAAGUCCGAUCUACUCGCAAGCCUUGUGCGGAAAUCAAUUUCCUCUGCAUUCACAAGAAGCUGCGAUCGAAACGUCUAGCUCCCGUCCUCAUCAAAGAAAUCACUCGACGGUGCAACAUGCAGGGCGUCUUCCAAGCCAUUUAUACCGCUGGAAUCUUCCUCCCCACGCCAAUUUCCCGUUGCCAGUAUUUCCAUCGGAAUCUGAACCCGGCCAAACUCAUUGCGACUGGCUUUUCUCCUCAGCCUAGAGGAGUAUCCGUUGCCCGUCUUAAGCGGAUGUAUGACUGCCCUGCUCAGCCCCAAAUACCCGGCUUUCGAGAAAUUGAAGAAAAAGAUGUCGAUGCUGUAGCUGUCUUGCUCAGGCUCUACAUGAGUCGGUUCGACUUGAUCCCAGUCAUGUCGGAUGAAGAAGUUCGCCAUAACUUUAUCAGUGGUAAGGGGACUGGACCGGUCGUCAACGGCAGAAGAAAUCAGCAAGUCACGUGGACAUUUGUGGUUGAAAAUCCGACGACUCAUUUGAUCACCGAUCUGGUCUCGUUUUAUCAUUUACCAUCGACGGCGAUGAAAUGUACUCCUCACCAAACAAUUGAUGCCGCAUACCUCUUCUACUAUGCCACCACUGCCGCUCCAUCUUGUGCUCAUCUUGGCCAACCAGCCCAGGUCCAAGAAGAACCCAGCCAAGUAGCCGUGACAGAGCCCACCGAACAGCCAAAUUGGUCAGCAGAGGCUCCCGAGGCCCGUCAAAUUUUGAAGAAACGCUUGAUCAGCUUGAUAGGUGAUGCUCUGACAAUGGCGCAACAGGCCAAUUUUGAUGUAUUUAAUGCCUUGACGUUAAUGGACAACUCCUUAUUUGUCAAAGAGUUACAGUUUGGAGCCGGGGAUGGAUAUCUGCACUAUUACCUAUACAACUGGAAAGUCCAUCAAAUUCGUGGUGGGGUGCCGGGUGAACCUGGCUCUGAAGAGGACGCAGCACAAGCAACAUCUUCCGGGAAACAAUUGAUUGAGGCACCCGGAGUUGGCAGUGGGAUCGGGGUGGUGAUGUUAUGAAUUCAAAAUGCGCGGCUCGGGACGCUUUGGCUCAGGGGUUUCUCAUCUGAUGUUGUGAUAUCCCCCCGCCUCUGAUGGUUGAAAAAUAAAGACAAAUAGAACAGUAUUCUUGUUUCAUGAUAGUCUCUUUUUUUUAACAAAAAAAACGGGUGAAAUACCUUUAUCUCCUUGUGAGAUUGAUGCUAAAUGCAUGUGAUAGAUUGUUAACACUUGGUUAGUUAUUCAAGUUUCUUCAAAGGCACAACUAAUAUAUCUCAGAGUUGCUCUUUACAAAAAAUGACAAUAUACAUUUAUCACUAGG